AUGAGCACUCCCAGCAACAACGAGAACAACACUCAGCAAUCCUCCCGGACCGCAAGCUCUUUCAACCCUUCUCAGGCCCAGUCUUCCCUAAGCCCCACUUCUCCCUUCGUCACCUCGCCUCGCUCUGCUACUACCCAAGGCUCCGGUGGAUCUGCUUUAUGGAGCCCUAGGACUUACCAAACCGAUGCAUCUUCCCAGGUGCCUUCUCCCACUAGCCCUGGGUGGAACGGGGAGCAGCAAGAUAUUGCCGAUGAUUUCAUGGGUCAGCUUGACGCGAUGAUGGGGCCAAACAACGGUGGAGGGAAUAACGGCGGGGGCAAUUGA